AUGCGUCGCGUUUUUGAAUUUGGCUCUGCUUCAUUUUUGGCCUCCGUUCGUUUAUAUGGCACUCGCUACUUUACAGAUAGUCACGAAUGGGUGGAGCAUGAUAAUGGUGUUGCCACCAUUGGUAUCACAGCCCAUGCACAAGAAAGUCUUGGUGAUGUAGUAUAUGUUGCCCUUCCGAAUGUGGGGGACCAAGUGAAUGCCAAGGAAGCUUUUGGCGAGGUGGAGAGUGUCAAGGCCACCAGCUGCAUUCAUUCACCUCUCAGUGGUGUAGUUGACGCCGUUAAUGAUAAGGUUAAGGAUGAACCAGAUCUUAUCAAUCGUUCUGCUGAAGGUGAAGGUUGGCUUAUCAAGGUAAAAUGCAGCGAAAUCCCUCAGGGGUUGAUGACUGCUGAAGAAUACAAGAAGUUUAUUGACUAG